AUAAAUUUAUUAAUUUUGGCGGAUUUAACAUUUGACAUAUUUUUUAAAUAAAACAUGUGACUUAGAAUGUCACACCUUUUUUUGAGCUUGCAUGAGAUUGAUAACCUUCCUUUUUAGCAUCGGGUGUAAAAAAUCUCGAGAAUUUCAAUCUUGUAAAAAGUUACAAAUUUUGAAUGACUUUGAUUGGGUGUAGCAGAUAAAAAUGUCAUCCUCCUUGUGUUGUCCUAUUGGAAGUGAAAAAGCAUUAUCUAUAAAUUAUGAAUCAAUAGGAAAAGUUUUGAAUUUAGAUGGUCUUAAUAUAUACGAAGUUGGUUUUGGUGAUAAAGUAAUUUUUGUUUACUAUGAUAUUUUUGGAUUUAAUGGUGGACGAAUUCGUCUUAUAUGCGAUCAGAUAGCAAAUGAAGGAUUUUUAGUUGUUUUGAUUGAUAUCUUUCAUGGGGAUAUGUGGCCUGCAGAUGCACCUUUAGAUGCUGAACUUUUCAAGUGGGUAUCACAGUUUACUUGGGAAAAAAUUAAAGCUGAUACUGAUAAAGUAUUUAAACACUUAGAAAAAAGUGAUAUUAAAUCAUAUGGUAGUUUAGGUUUUUGUUUUGGUGCCUGGCCUGUUUUUCAUUUAAGUCAAAAUAAGAUAAUGAAAUGUGGAGCAAAUGUUCAUCCCUCAGUGCAUGUUGGAUCACUUCACGGUGAAACUCCUGAACAGCUUGCGAGGUUACUAGAAUGUCCUCAGCUUAUUUAUGCAGCUAAUAAUGAUUUACCUACUUAUAAUGAUGGUGGAGAAGUAAAGCAAAUUUUACAAGAAAAGUUUGGUGAUCAAAACGACAUUCAACUUUUUCCUGAAAUGGUUCAUGGUUGGGUUCCACGAGGAGAUUGUAAUGAUGAAAAGGUGGCAAGAGAUGUUAAACUUGCUAUGGAUGGAAUUAUAAAGUUUUUUAAGAAAAAUUUAUGAUUAUGUAUUUUAACCAAUUUAUUUAAAUCUAUUUAGUAUGUAUUUUUCUAUUUUUAUACAUUUUUUUCAAGACAUUUUUAAAUCCUAAGAUUUUUUUUUUUUUUUUUUUUUGUUCUGUUUUGUUUUUUUCGUUUUCGUAAAAUAUUUAUCUUAUUUCACUAAUUAUAAUGAAUCUAUUUGCAAUAAUACGUGACGUUAGAAUUAUCUUGUUCUAUUUCCACAUUUUUUAGUUUUAAGAUAAAACGAUUUAAAAAACGAAUUUUUUGUUAUUUUGUUAAAUUAUGUUAGAUAAAGAUUUUUGGCUCAGAAAACUUCAAUUUAAACAUACUUUUAUAGAAAUCAUAAAAUAUAUUUAAUAAG